AACAGGGCCUAAGUCGAAGGAGGGGCAUGGAGUUGGUUCAUCACAGAACAUAAUGGAAUACCAACAACAGAAACAACAAUGGAAGAGGUCACAAAGGACAAAACCCUCUUCUUCUUCUUCUUCUUCUCACAUCAACAAUCUCGAUGAUGGUUGUCUUAUGCACAUUUUCAACUUCCUUCCUCCUAUUCCAGAUCGCUUUAAUACCGCCCUCGUUUGCCACAGAUGGAAUUACUUGGCAUGUCAUCCUCGCUUGUGGCUUCGGGUUGAUCGAUCAGUUAAAGAGUUAUCUGAACCCGGUGUUUUCCCAAACAUUGAAACCGCUGUAUCUGCUUCAAGACCAGGUGAUACCAUUUUAAUAGCAGCUGGUGGAACUCAUCGUGUUGCAAACAUUCAAAUAAGGAAACCACUUUGCUUAAUUGGUGCAGGUGAAGUUCCAGAUGACACAACACUUGUUUGUUCUCGAGGCUCAGACAGUGCAUUAGAGUUCCUAUCCACAUGCAAAUUAGCAAACUUAACCGUGAGGGCCGAGCUUGGUUGUUGCUUGCUACAUAGAAAGGGAAGGCUAACCAUAGAUGGAUGCAUACUUCAAUGUGAGUCUAAUCCUCUGGAUUAUCUCUCAUGUCCCAUUGUGAGUACAGCCAGUAGCAGUGUGGUGCUUCCCUCUCAAACCAAGAGUAAUAAUGGUGAUGGUGUAUUUGUUUCUCAAACCCGCAUUGAAGGGGGUGCCAAAGCUGUUUUAACAAGUGGGGAUUUGGCCUUGCAACGUGUCAGAGUGAUUUAUGCUCGAACUUCACUUCUUUUCUGGUUUGAUGUGGAGCAGAUGUGUGAUCAAAUUGAUUAUGACAAGCCUCUUUGAUAUCAUUUUGUUGGUUUGCUUACCUAGACUUGUCUGUAAUUUUAGUAGUGAUAUUUAUGAUUCUUUGACUAGAGCGUUUUUUGUUCUUGCUAUUUAAUAUUUACUAUUAGGAUGUGUCAUAUAUGUAAUAAUAAACAUUCAGUUUAUCAUUGUCUUCUUAAUGA